CAGCACUUUCUGUGUUGCAAUUUCUCACGUGAGUGUGUCCGUUUCAGGUGACCAAACCUUCAUGCAAGCUGCAUAUAACCAGAAUUGUAAGCUGGUUGGAAUGGAUCGCACGGGUGAAAUAACAGAAAACCACAAACGUAAUAUAAUCAACGGGCUGCGAAAACAUUCCAUUGCCUGGAUCGGAGCUCAUGUAGAAAGUGUUUGGAUGCAGUUUGCAGGGUGUUACACAGGUAUAAUUGAUCGUGCCAACAAAGGAUUCGAUUUAUCUAAAACUACCAUCACAUCUUGUUUGUCACACUGUGGAAAUAGAGGUUUCUUUCUAACUCACGAUCAAUGCUUCUGUUACCAAAACGAAGUAAAGUAUGUCGGAUGUAGCGCAGUAAAUUGUCAACAUUCUUCUGACUUAUUAUGUGGGUCGAGAGACGGAUAUUCUGGAAUGUUCUUCCCUCGUGUGUCUGGACGACAGUGUAUGUGUCAUUACGAUACAAUCAACUCCGACCAGACUAUACAGGGUGCCGGUGACUGUUUGCUUUCUACGUACCGUCAGAAUCACCCUUCUCCUAUAUAUAGUGCUGCUCAGUGUAACCAAACACAUUUAUCGAUAUGUCAACAACCUCACGGAGGCACAUUACCAGAGUUCGUAAAAACUGAAUCACCUUGGUACCAAUCGUUAGUGAACUGUUACCAUAGAGAUAAUCAUAUCUUAGGAACUCGUUGGUUACCUUUCCGUCUAGUCACUGGAUCAUAUUGGGCAGGUCCAUUCUCCGUGACAAAUAUUCGAUGGGGAAUUAUCAAUUCCAACGGUACCACAAGUGGAUGUAUAGCCGCUACAGAGACAAGGGAGGGGAAAGUGAGACUCAUCCAUUUACCAUGUAAUACACGUAUACCAGCAUUGUGCUUCCCCUCAAACAAGACAGUAACUGCCAAUACAGUUAAAACAGAUAUCUAUACGACAUUACACGUUAAUACAAUCCCUAUAAAUUUAACAAAACAGUCAACAUUAGCGCCAACUGACAAUUUAAAGACGCUUUACAAGUCAAACCUGGACAACGACGGCGCUACAUCUACGAUAAUCAUUGUAACUAUUGUAGGAUCGGUGACGUCGUUGAUUAUCGUUUCGCUUGUUGUUGUGUUUGUAUUUGUGAAGCGGCGAAAGGUUCGCCGACAAGUCAUUGUCAACGGUUCUUCAUCAGGACAAUACAUGCAACCAGAUGGAGGUGAAGCUGACGUUACAAGUUCACAGGGACCCGGGGAAAUUGCUCAAUACAUUAAUACAUCAGGCAAUGUUUAUGAUGAACUGACUGAUUUCCGAGGUGACCGUAUUUUGACAGGUCAGGAUAUGUACGAUCAUACAUUCACAGGUGAGAUGUAUGGACACCUGAACGCAGGAAACUAUCAGUACGUCGACAGUGACUAUGAUCACACUUUCUCGGGUGAGACAGAUGGAACAUACAGACACCUAGGCACAACCAACCAAGAAACCGUUAACAGUGAUUAUGAUCACGUGUUCGGAGGAGUAUCUGAGAAAUCGGCAUCCCUGCCAAUUACAAAUACCGACGACAACGCAAGGCCGCCAACGUUAGACAUUCAGUAUGACGAUGUAAGUCAAAAUGAUAGUUCCGCUGUGGCGCCAGUGUAUGCUCAGGUUAUCAAAAGACACCUUCGGAAACAGAUAUCUGAUAGUGAGUAAUGGUUGAUUUUCGAAUUUAAACUUGCAAGAAAGAUAAAAAAAAAGUUUGGGAUUUCAUGUUUUACAAUGAAUAAAAUAAAUGA